AUGGCUGCAUCCAAGCCCCUCGCGGGUAGAAACCUGUCCAAUUAUAACAAGACCCUCGAUACUCCACCCCUCGUACCAGAUAUUCGUGACCGCGAGAUCGCCGUCGUGAACCGAGAGAUGGAGGUCGAAGAGCAGCAGCGUGCGAUUGAGCGGCGCGAAAGUGUGGUGGAGGGUAGAGAGAGUGCUGUGGGGAGAAGAGAGAAGGAGGUAGAGGAGAGGGAGAGGUUGAUUGAGCGGAGGGAGGCGAAGAUGGCGAGGAAGAGGAAGGAUGGUAGGGUUUUGGAGAGAAGGGGUAAGCGGAUGGAUGAGGGGCUGGGAAGACGCUGA